UCAAUAGCUCUGAAGGCAGGGACCAGCCUGCAGGACCUGGCACGUUCUGGCACAGCUGGGGCAUUUUAAGAAAGCUAUUUGAUUUUCAUUGCAGCAUUGGGGACUGCAAACAUGGCUGAUAAUGGGAUGUGUUCUACAUAAGACAAAUACUGUGAUGCAAUUUUAUUUGGCAAAGGUUUAAGAAAAUUGUUAUACAAGUAGGUGGAUGGUAAAGUGGGGACAAAACUGGAACUCUUGAUCUGGCAGUGAGGGUGAUCUUUAAAGGUGUGGGGAGUUGGUGAAUUGUGUGUUAUCGGAGUAGAGCUUGGUGUUAAAAAGAAUAAAAGAAGUACAAUACACCUUUGUGGGACUUGUGGGUGUAGCGUGAAAAAGUCAGAAAAAUGUGUGCAGGAAAUGGAUGAAAGAGGAACAGGGAAAUACAAAAUAUAUACUUGUUCCGUGUGACUUUAUCUGGCCUCAUCUCCUCGCCACUUGCUUUCUCGGCCUGUCAGAACAUGUCAAAGAAUGUAGGCUGGUAACACUCCCAUGUCUGGAAGCCUGAAACAACAAGAGACUGAAGACUUGAAUAACCACGUCUAAUGACACCUUAGGGCGUGUCUUUACCUAACUAACAAGCUGGGGCAGCUCGGUUCCUGGAGGCAUGAUCUGCAAUAACUGGCAAGCCAAGACUGUCAUCUGACACUUUAGCAUAAUCCCGUCUUUUAGACUUGAUCCUUUAUGUGCGCACCUGUCUCCAAAUCCCUUUCAAAGAUACAGUACCUAGAGAUGGAUCUAUUCGAGUGUGAAAUAUUCGAACUGCCUCAUAACACGGGCCUGAGAGACAGAGAGCGGUAGAGGGAGAGAGGUAGUGGGAGGCAGAGCAACAUCUGGGCCAGCUCCAGUCUUUCUUCUUUAACCCCACCCACAGGCGCAUUUCUAAACGCUGUGCCCGUUUACCUGCCCAGAGAAAACUUCUAUCUGUGUUAACACGACGUUAAAGCAACAAGAAAGCCACUGGAAAUAUGCGUACUCACGUGUUUUUGAACUACAGACCACCUAUUCUUUUGAUUUGAAUAUAAACCACUUCCUGAGCAGUGAAAGAAGUGUUCCAGAGAAAAGAUAUUUGAGUGCCAGCCAAGGACAUGGACUGGAAGACCUUUCAAGCUCUCCUCAGCGGGGUGAACAAAUACUCAACGGCGUUCGGUCGGAUAUGGCUGUCUGUGGUGUUUGUGUUCAGGGUGAUGGUGUACGUGGUGGCAGCGGAGCGAGUGUGGGGGGACGAGCAGAAGGACUUUGACUGCAACACCAAGCAGCCCGGCUGCGCGAACGUCUGCUAUGACCACUUCUUCCCCAUCGCCCACAUCCGCCUGUGGGCCCUGCAGCUCAUCUUCAUUACGUGCCCGUCCUUCAUGGUGGUCAUGCACGUAGCUUACCGUGAUGACCGUGAGCGUAAGUACAAGGCCAAGCAUGGUGAGAACGUCAAGCUGUACGAAAACACAGGCAAGAAACACGGCGGCUUGUGGUGGACCUACCUGAUCAGCCUCUUUGUCAAGACGGCCAUCGAGGUAAGCUUCCUCUACAUCCUCCACCGAAUCUACGACAGCUUCUACCUGCCAAGACUAGUCAAGUGCAAAGAGUCUCCUUGCCCCAACAUAGUGGACUGCUACAUCGGCCACCCCACCGAAAAGAAAGUCUUCACCUACUUCAUGGUUGGAGCCUCGGCCCUUUGCAUCGUCCUGAACAUCUGUGAGAUCAUUUAUCUCAUCUCCAAGCGAAUUGCACGAAUUGUAAAUAAAAGCAAGAAGCGCAAACGCACCGUGACAGUGCAUCUUGACGACUGCUACAAUGACCCCUUUAACAACAGUAACCACUCACUGUCAAGGAUGGGGCUGAAGGAAAGGCCUCCAUCCUUCAAGUCUGUAUACAGGUCUCCACAGGGGCCAAGUUCACUCAGACUUGAAGAGAAGAUAAGGGCCUCUGCUCCUAAUCUCUCCCUCGCCUGAUGAUUGACAGGCAGACAAUCAAAAGAUCAGCAGUGAUUGGGCUGGAACCUUAAGAGUAAACAGACUCGGAACUAUGAGCCAAGCUACAGUGUGUGUCAGACUAUGGACGUUGAGUCAUCAGUACUGGACUCAUCCUGUGGGCCUCUGUGUCCACUUCUAAGACUCAGAGGAAUGUGAACUUUGGUUUCCAAGUCAACACCCACAAUAUUUACAAAUCAGCUAGAGCCACAUUGAUUUGUUAAUAUAAGACUUUCCUUUCUGAAUACAAUAUAGGUCUGUGUGCUGUUUCAGUCGUACUGUUCACACCUAUUAGAACACUAUAUGUUCUGUCUGUAGUCUGUCUUUCUUGUGAUUGGAAUUUUGACAUGGGGGAUGCGGGACAUGCCUGGCAGUGGUAUCCACACUCCCAGCCAACGUCUACAGUGGUGUAUCAGGGUGCUGUGUUGUCAGUGGGGAUUACACAUUUCAGUGAUCUCUUUUAAUUAACUAAAGCAGUGGCUUUAUGUUCCUAAUGACCCAGAAUCAUAUAAGAAUGGUAAACAGUGCUGCCUUGGCAUGUGGAUGCCCAAAAGGUCAUAGUGUUAUGGCUGAACAAGACUUGAAUGUGUAUAAACUGGCCAAAUUGACUUUUUAUUGCAUUUGUUUUCUGGGUCAAGAUGCAUUAGUAUAUUUUUGUAUCCAAAGUCUCUGCAGGCAUUAUUGUUGCUCUCAGGUUCAUGCUGCACAGCCAUGUGCUGUACAUAAACUGCCUGCGCUUUGACGUGCUUGUACACAACCUCACCUCAUCUAAGACCACUGUUGAUUUUAAUAGGGUGAAAGGAAUGCUGCUGUUUAAUUCUGUGUUGGUAGAACUGGAGCACAGUGGAGGAGGAGGGAGGAGGACAAACGCACCGCUCAGCUUUUUUUGGCAAGUCAUUAA